AUGAGUCGAGCCGAUAUGUGGCGUUACAGGUCACGAUUGAUAAACACUUGUGCUUAUCUUGACAAGCAGCUCCGACACUUCAAUAUCAGCACUAAAAUUUCCGAUAUGUGGCAAAAAGGUAACGUCGUUCGCAGUGGAUUUGUCUCAUCGGACACACGUGUAGUGUUCCGGUCAAGUAGUAGCUCGGUGUUGAUAUACAUUCAAAUGAGCUCAGAAAUGUGGCAAUUGGAUCCCCAGGGAGACCUUUACUUCGAGAAGUGUGUGAAAGGAUUCAUGGCAGAGCUGUUCUCGAAAUGGUAUCUGAACUCCAGCGCGCACUACGUUUCGAUCAUUCUUUGUUCUCGGUUUUAUCUACUGGGAGAACCUGACAAAGACGUUGAUGAGCUACUGGGCCCCACUGCCCGUGACCAUCGAGGACGUUAUUUUCAGGUUAAUUUCUCACUGUUAGCACCAGUUGACUGCACCAGAUUUUUGUGA